UCGUGUUGUGGUGGUGGUUGCUAUAGUGGGCAGGGAAGGGUAGCGGGAGCACAUAAUCACUGGCAUGUUUGGAUGGAUUGGCCAUUGGAGUAAUGGAGCUGAUGGCCUGCUUUUAAUAUUUUGCAGGGAGGGAGUUGGUGGAGAUAAGCAAGGAAAGAAAGAGAAUAUAGAAAGAGAGGGAAGGGAGGAGUGGCAAGCACAGAGGAGUGGGGAGUGGAGAGUGAAGCAGAGAUCAUCCUCGAUGGUGGUUUGCGGAACCGUGGCAGUGUUUAAGAAGGGAAAGAUCUGCUCUUUGAUCGAGUUGUUGAGGCUUUGCUGGAUCUCCAUUGCUUCCUUCUUCCUGGACCUUGUCCUGGCGGAGUUCGGCUCUUUGACCUCCUCUGAUCUGGUGGAGGAAAAGGAAAAGGGGGUUGUGCUGAGGAAUCAUAUUCUUUCUCUCCCUCUAUUUUGCAGCUCUUGAUUCCCUUCCUUUUUCCCCCCCUCUGCUCUUCUCCUUUUAUCUGAGUGUGGUCUUCUCUUUGACAAAUGAGGUUGGAGUCUUCACAAAGUUGGCACCUUUGGGCGAUUUCAAUGGAAUCUCGGAGAUUUUGAGUUUGAAUGUUGCUCUUUUUAAUCUCCUCCUUACCAUUCGCAAAAGCAAAAGUUUGCCGAAUCUCAAUUUAGGUUUCUUUUUUUGGGUUCUUGGCUGGGAGGGCUUCGGUGAGCAGCACUCAUGCAUCUCUCUCUAUGGAAGCCCAUCUCACACUGCGCCGCCCUGAUCCUCGACAGGAAGAACCGGUGGCAAGAUGGCGGCGCCGGCAAGGGCCUGUCGGAGGAGGAGGCCAGGCGGCGACCCUCAAUGCUCCGGCAGCUGCAGGAGAACAAACUCCGUGAGGCCCUGGAGGAGGCCUCCGAGGACGGCUCCCUAUUCAAGUCCCAGGACAUGGACCCCGAGACCUUCGGCAACCCCGACGACGGCUCCAUCAGCCGGUCGAGAUCGCUCGCCCGCCUCCGUGCCCAGCGGGAGUUCCUCCAGGCCACCGCCCUCGCCGCGGAGCGCACGUUCCUCACUGCUGAUUCCAUUCCCGCCCUCGAUGAGGCUUUGUCCAAGUUCGUCACCAUGUAUCCCAAGUACGUUUCUUCGAACAAGAUCGACAGGCUGAGAUUGGACGAGUAUUGCCACCUUUCGGACACCGGCGCCAAGGUAUGCCUCGACUACUGCGGCUUUGGCUUGUUCUCCUACCUUCAGAGCUUCCAGAGCUGGGAGUCUUCGGCUGUUAGCCUCUCCGAGAUCACUGCUAACUUGACCAACCAUUCUUUGUACGGCGGCGCUGAGAAAGGCACCGCCGAGCACGACAUCAAGACUCGGAUAAUGGACUACCUCAACAUUCCCGAGAACGAGUAUGGUUUGGUUUUCACUUUCAGCAGAGGUUCUGCUUUUAAAUUGCUCGCAGAGACUUACCCAUUUCAUACGAACAAGAAGUUGCUGACGAUGUUCGAUCACGAAAGCCAGUCUGUGAAUUGGAUGGCUCAGAGUGCGAGGGAGAAGGGAGCCAAGGUGUACAGCGCAUGGUUCAAGUGGCCGACGCUCAAGCUCUGUUCCACUGAGUUGAGGAAGCAGAUCUCUGGCAAGAGGAGGAGGAAGAAGGACUCGGCUGCUGGGCUCUUUGUGUUCCCAGUCCAGUCUAGAGUGACUGGAGCAAAGUACUCGUACCAGUGGAUGGCUUUGGCUCAGCAGAAUAAUUGGCAUGUGUUGCUUGAUGCUGGAUCUUUGGGCCCCAAGGACAUGGAUUCUCUCGGACUGUCGCUCUUCAGGCCAGAUUUCAUUAUCACGUCGUUCUACCGCGUGUUUGGGUUUGAUCCAACUGGUUUUGGAUGUCUCCUGAUCAAGAAAUCUGUGAUAGGAAGCUUGCAGAAGCAGAAUGGUGGUACCGGAUCAGGAAUGGUGAGGAUUGUUCCUGUGUUUCCUCAAUAUUUGAGUGACUCAGUGGAUCAUCUGGAUGUACCGGAUGGAAUCGAAGAUGAAACUAUCGACGGGAAUGAUGAAUCUUUCAUGCCCGACACUCACAGAGGAUCGCAGUUGCCUGCUUUUUCAGGUGCAUUCACUUCAGCUCAAGUGAGAGAUGUGUUUGAGAGUGAGAUUGAUCAGGACAACAGCUCCGACCGUGAUGGGGUGAGUACAAUCUUUGAGGAGACCGAGAGCAUUUCAGUUGGAGAGGUCAUAAAGAGCCCAGUUUUUAGUGAUGACGAAUCAUCCGACAGCUCCUUCUGGAUUGAUUUAGGUCAGAGUCCAUUGGGAUCAGACCAUUCAGGGCAGUCGAACAAGGGGAAGUUGGGGUCUCCAACUCCACCUUCAUGGUUUACCGGAAGGAAGAAUCAUAAAAUGGUGUCACCAAAACUUGUUUCUAGUAUGUCGAAGAGCCCCAUAUGUGAUGAUCAUGUGCUAUCCUUUGAUGCAGCUGUCUUAUCAGUUUCACAAGAACUAGACCAUGCGAGGGAAGACCCAGGAGAAGGACCUUCACAAAAUGGGCCAAAGAAUGCACGCUUCCAGCGCGUGGGUGAGAUUGAGGAAGAACCCAAGGUAAAAGAAGCAACGGGAAAACGUGCUGUUAAGUUUUCUUCUGCCGAUGGGAGGAUUGCUAGCUCAAGUUCUGUUUUCGGAUGGCACGCUGGUCAUGAGAAUGGCUCAACUUCUGAAAUAUACCCUGAAAGCCAUAUCGAGGUGAAAGAGAGUGCCAUAAGAAGGGAAACAGAAGGUGAGUUUCGGCUGUUAGGAAGGAGGGAGGGAAAUAACAACAGGUUUGCAGGCAGUAAAUUCUUAAGUGUGCAAGAGAAUGAACGGGCGUCGAGCAUGGAUCGGAGGGUAUCCUUCAGCAUGGAGGAUAACAGUACUACAGGAUUUUCUUAUCGUAAUUCCGAUGCAGGUGAAGCAUCCGGUGAUGCACCAGAGUAUGAUGAGGGCGAUGAUGAUGAUGCCAUUUGUGAUGGUGAUGACAAUGAUGCCAUUUGUGAUGGUGAUGAUGAUGAUGCUCAAGAGUGGGCAAGAUUGGAGCCUGAAAUAAUUUGCAGACACCUUGAUCAUGUGAACAUGAUGGGUCUCAACAAAACAACUCUAAGACUACGGUAUCUGAUCAACUGGCUCGUUACAUCGUUGCUGCAGUUGCGAUUACGAGAUUCAGUUGGGGACAACGGUUUGCUUCUCGUCCAGAUCUAUGGCCCAAAGAUCAAAUACGAAAGGGGUGCAGCUGUGGCAUUCAAUGUGAAGGAUGAUAGUGGGGCGGUGAUCAAACCAGAGAUUGUUCAAAAGCUGGCCGAGAAAAAUGGUCUUUCCUUGGGCAUUGGCUAUCUUAGUCAUAUAAGGGUCAUGGACAAUCAGAAACAUUUACAUGGAGAAGCUUCAACUGAUGCUUCCUUGUAUCGUCCUGCAAAUAGUCGCCACGAUAAUAAGAAUAACAGUAAGAAUGUUGUGAUCAGAGUGGAGGUCGUUACUGCUUCGCUUGGGUACCUCACAAACUUUGAGGAUGUUUACAGGAUGUGGGCAUUUGUGGCCAAGUUUCUGGAUCCAUCAUUUGCUGAGACCGAUAGAUUAUCCACCAUUGCGGAGACUUCAGAAACAUAGCCAGUGAAAUAUGUUUUUUUGCAGAUUUUUACAAGAUUCCAGUGCGACCAGCAACCUCCUACGCUGCUCAAACCAACAGAAACAGUCAUGAACAUCGUGAUCAGGAGAUGCAGAUAAUUAAAAAUACAAGGGGAAAAUGCAAUCCAUUUAUGUAUCUCUUAUGUGUUCUCAAUAGUUUCCCUGUUUGGGAGAAUGAUAAUUUGUGGUGCUUCAGGCCAACCUAUAUUCAUUCUUGUCUUUUCGAGGUAUCCAUCAUUUUGUUUGAUGUAGAGUUUGAGGGGGCAAACCAUGGCAUCACAAUGAGGUUGCUCCUUUGCAUCACGAAUAACUAGGGUUCGAUCAAUGGAAACAGCCUCACCACUUUGUAUAUGUGAGAUCGCGGGUAUCACCCUUCACCAAACGGCACGGCCCUUGGGUGGGAGCUCGUGUGCUGUCCGGGCUACCCUUUCUUUUUCCACAGUUUGCUUAAGCAAUAUGUAGAAUCACAAAGUCAUGAAUGGAUUUCUGUGUCAAAUAUAUAGAAUCACAAGGCAGAAUAUAGAUUCUCAUCAUUCUGAUUGGAAGAUGGAACACUGCUCUCACUCUUUAUGUGUGUGUUUGUUUUAUAUCUGUAACUGUUGCUUUGUGGGAUGCUUUGGAAGAGCUUUUGAUGUGUAGUAUUCUCUUUUAAUAGUGUAAUUUCUGCUAUACAGUAAACCUUGAUCUCUGUCUAUAUGGUA